AUGGAGCCAUCACAAUUGCCUGUGAAAAGUUUCGUGAGAUUACCUUGUGGUGGCAUUGGGAUCGAUUCAGAUACGUAUUUCAAUGAUGCAUGUACCCAGCUUGCUGCUCGAAUUGCGGCUGGAUCCCUCAUAGAACUUGCAUCACAGGUGGCCGAAGGGAAAUUGCGCAACGGGUUUGCAUGCAUUCGUCCACCGGGUCAUCACGCCGAAUACGAUCAAGCCAUGGGAUUUUGUUUCUUCAAUAAUGUGGCCGUUACUGUCAAAUAUUUACAACAGCGAUAUCAAGAAGUUUGUUCGCGAAUUGCCAUAAUCGACUGGGAUGUACAUCACGGCAAUGGUACACAGCUAUGUUUCGAAUCGGAUCCAUCUGUUCUCUACUUAUCACUGCAUCGACACGACAAUGGAAAUUUCUUUCCGGGUACGGGUGCUGUCACUGAGGUAGGCACCGGAUCGGGUAAAGGCUACACAGUGAAUGUACCAUUUUCGGGCGAGAUGAUGUCAGAUGAGGAUUAUUUAGCGGCGUGGCGAGUUGUUGUGGCACCAGUACUCGAUGAUUUUCAGCCAACUUUUAUUAUUGUAUCGGCUGGUUUCGAUGCAGCCAAAGGGCAUUCACAUGCACUCGGAGGAUACAGUUUAACACCUCAGUUAUUCGGUUAUCUCACUCGUCAACUGAUGACCUAUGCGAACGGUCGUGUUGUACUGGCCCUAGAGGGUGGUUACGAUUUGGCCGCAAUUUCAGAUUCUGCUGAGGAAUGUGUCAAAGUGUUAUGCGAUGAUUGUCCUGAAACGGCUGGUAAAUUAAGCGAUGAAGCGUUGAAUGCAAUCCCAAAACAGAGUGCUCAAGAAGCCAUUCAAAAAGUUUGCCGUUUUUUUUUUCAAAUUCAGCUGCGCUUUUUGAGAUUAAUAUUACUGACAAUGAGUUGA